GGCUCGGGGCUGAGAGCGGCCGUGGGGCCGCCUCCCCGGGCCCCCUGGCUCCGCCAUGUUCCGCAGGGCACGCCUUAGCGUGAAGCCGAAUGUCAGGCCUGGUGUAGGCGCCAGGGGCUCCACCGCUCCCAACCCCCAACGUGGACAAGAGGCGCCCAGGCCCCCGGAUCCAGCAGUCGCCCCUUCCCCGAAACCCGCGGAGUCUACGGAUGUACCCCCGGUGGAUUUCGGGGGAACCGAGCCGCAAGAAAAGUCUCCCAGGAGCAGUGAUGAAAAGACUGACAAUGAGAAUUAUGUUGAAGAAUCCAGUAAGUCUUCCUCUGCUGUUUCACAAAGAAGAAAGCGAAUAUCAAGUACUACUACUACUGUGGUUAAGCCUGGUGUUAGUGUUCCUUCAGAAUCUCAUCCCUUAUCUACAGUUAAUCAAGAAGUUCCACAGCCAAAGCCUGUUUCAACAAAAGAGAAACCACCAUGUUCAGACAGAUACCGAAUAUAUAAAGCCCAGAAACUAAGAGAAAUGUUAAAAGAAGAACUGAGAAAAGAGAAGAAGCAAUGGAAAAACAAAUAUGCCGUAAAUGAAAGUCAGAAGCCACCAGAUCGUUCAAAAAUGACUAUGAGAGAUUUCAUAUAUUACCUGCCAGAUAAUAAUCCAAUGACUUCUUCCCUGGAACAAGAAAAGAAAACUGAAAAAUCAUUGACACCAGUCCAGACAAGAGAGCAAGAAGGUAAAAGUACUCCUGAUGCUGAAGAUCAUGAAGAAGUAGAAGAAGAAGUGGAUGACGGGCCAUUGCUGGUUCCUCGAGUAAAAGUGGCAGAAGACGGUUCCAUUAUUUUGGAUGAAGAAAGCUUAACUGUAGAAGUUUUAAGGACAAAAGGCCCCUGUGUUGUUGAGGAAAAUGACCCCAUAUUUGAGCGUGGGUCUACAACUACAUAUUCCAGCUUCAGGAAGAAUUAUUAUUCUAAACCAUGGUCAAAUAAAGAAACAGAUAUGUUUUUUUUAGCCAUCAGCAUGGUAGGAACUGACUUUUCUAUGAUUGGACAGCUUUUUCCUCACAGAGCAAGGAUAGAAAUUAAGAAUAAAUUUAAACGUGAAGAGAAAACAAAUGGAUGGAGAAUAGACAAAGCCUUCCAGGAAAAGCGCCCUUUUGACUUCGAUUUUUUCGCUCAUUUGCUUCAGAAAGUUCUUGCUGAAGAAGAGAAAAGAAAACAAAAAUCUGCUAAAAAUCAGAGUUCAAAGGAGAAGAAAUCUUCUAAACCACGGAAAAAUGUAAAAGCGAAAAAAGUUGCCAGUGAAGGAGGAAAUGAUGAUCCAGAUGAGUCUCUGGGCAGCAAAAUUUCAGAUACAGAACAGUCUCAAAAGGAUACUCAGACGGUUGAAGAACAACAACAGUCUCAAGCUUUAUCAGAACAGGAUUCAGAACAGAUUGCAUUAGAACCAGACCUAAAUCAAAAGAAAAGAAGAAGAAAGAAUCAGGAUGAAGUUGGUAAACAGGACGUUGAGAAUCUUUCAGGAAAUGCCACUGUUCAAUUAGAUCAUUCUAAAGGAGAAAAAUACAUAAAUAAAGAUCAGUCUUUAAGGCCUGAAAUAAAUGAAGAAGAAGGCACUAAGGAACAGAAUCUUUCUUGCAUACAAAACAUAGAUGACAUUGUGGAUUUGUCCUCCAGUGAAAAAGUUGAGAACAGAGCUGAUCCUAUCCUUUUAUCAAGUGGUCAACAAGAUGCCACGCCAUUAGCUACUGAGACGUCCGAAUCAAGCCCUUCAGAUUUGCCUUUCUCAGAAGUUGAAGUUAGCACACCACAUGAGGUCAAUGAUGCUGAAAGUAGUUGUACAGAGGAAAGCAAUGUUGACCUAAAGAAUAAACCAUUGGAAAUCGAUCGAUCAGGAAGUGCUAAACUGAUGUCAAGAAGACAGCUGCAGAGACCUAAACCCAAUUUGUCAAGGGCAAUUGGGAAGAAAUCUGUUCUUGCACAAGGUAAAACAGAUGCAGAGAGCACGAGUUCAAAUGCCGAAACUUCAGUGGAAAAGAAUCAAAUGGAAAAGGAUAAACUGAAUACAUCUGACAUUGCUGGAAUGGAGAAAACAGAGAAAGUGAACCCAGAAGCUGAGACUGUGUCUAAUUGUUCUAGUUUGAGUGAAAAAAUUGGUGUUCAGGAUGACGAUCAAACAAAGACUUUAAGACCAGCACGACUAAUGAGGGGCCGACUGCAAAGGCCAAAGCCAAAUAUCGGUAAAGCUGCUGAAAGAAAAGAAAUUUUUACAUCACAGGAAAAAAUUGGGGCCAAUGUAAAGAAGAAUGAAAGUGAAUCCUGUAUUGCUAGAGAUAGUCCUGAACAGGUAGAAGAUCAGUCAUGUAAAAAUUUUGAGUUUGAAGACAUCACAUCACAGCCUGAGAAAGAAGAUAAUAUUUUUCAAAUGAAUGUUAAUGAAUGUCUAGGUAUUCAAGAGAAUGAUAAAGUCCCAGUUUUGAAGACUCGAUUUCAGAUACCAAAGCCAAAUAUAGAAAGAGGAGCUAGAAGAAGAGAAGUUUUCUCAAAGGAAGAGACAUCAGAGGAGAUUGAUGCCUCUGGACAAUUCACACCAGCUUUGGGAGAAAUUAGGAGAGUGGAAGAAACCUUACCAAGGGACAAGAUAUCAGUGGAGGCUAAUAAUACUAAGGAAACGGAGCCAUAUUUUAAAAAAACUCGGAGAAAAGAAGUCUCUCCGAUAGAGAAGAUAUCAGAAACGAUUGACAGCACUGUAGAAAUGGAGACAGAUUUGAAAGAAACCAGAGGAGAGGUUUCCCCAAGGGAGAAUAUAUCAGAGAUGGCUGAUGUCACUGAGGAAAGAGAGACAGACUUGGAAGAAACUGGAAGAGAGGUUUCCCUAAGGGAGACUAUAUCAGCAGUAUCUGAUGUCGCUGAGGAAAGAAUGACAGACUUGGAAGAAACUGGAAGAGAGGUUUCCCCAAGAGACAGUGUAUCAGAGAUGACCGAUGUCACUGAGGAAAGAGUGACUGAUUUGGAAGAACCUGGGAGAGAGGUUUCCCUAAGGGACACUGUAUCAGAGGUGUCUAAUGUCACUGAGGAAAGAAUGACAGAUUUGGAAGAAACUGGAAGAAGAGAAAUAUCCCUACAGGAAGAUGCCCCAGAGGAGGUCAACAAUACAGAUGAAGUAGGAAUAGGUUUGGAAGAAAAUGGAAGAGAGAUUUAUGUAAAGGAUAAUAUACCAAAGGUGAUUGAUGCCACUAAGGAGAGAGAGACCUAUGUGGAAGAAACUGAGGGAAGAGAAAUAGACACACAUGGAAAGCCCUUACAGGUCAAGACUCUAGGUGAAAUGGAGACAGAUUGUAAAGAAACUGGAAAAGAAACUUCCCUGAGGGAAAAGGUACCAGUGGAGAUCAGUGCCUUAGGGGAAAGUAAGAUUGAUUUGAAAGAAACUGGAGAAAGAGAGCUUUCCCUGAUGGAAAACAUAUUAGAAAAGACAACUGCUCUUGAAGAAACAGAGGCAGAUUUGAAAGAAACUGGACGAGAAAUUUCCUUGAGGAAAAGCAGAUCAGGAAUUAGUGCUACUGAGGAAAUGGUUGCAGAUUUGGAAAAACCUGGAGAAAUGGACAUUUCUCUAAGGGAACAUGGAGCAGAGGAGAUCAGGACCUCAAGACAAACGGAGACAGAUUUAAUGCAGAGCAGUAGUGGUGGCUGCAGCACUGUGCCUUCACUGGAUAUCAACAACAUUGGCAGUGAAGUACUUUCCAUGGUCCACACCCCUGAGGAAGAAAAAAGAAAUUCUGAAAAGGAACUAUCAGGUCACUUGGGUAGUUCGAAGACUUCCUUGCAGACUUUGGAACCUGAUAAAACAGAAGACCAGGGGAUGCAAUCUCCAGAUGUUUCAGAGCAGUUUUCAGAUACUAAUUUAAGGCAAUCUCUUCCUCAAGAACAGAAGCCAUUUGAAGUUAAGCCAGCACCCUAUGUGAGAAGUCGAUUCAAAAGACCAAAACCAAACUUAGCAAGAGCAACUUUAAAGAGAGAGACUACAGAAGCAGGAAAAUCUCUACCUGGGAAGAAAUUGGAAACGGAUAAAGCUGAGACUGUUAUGUCACAGCAGAGCAGUGAACAGAUGAACACUCUCCCUUCUCAACAUGAUGUUGCUUCCCUAAUCACAUCAGGAGAAAAAGACAAAUCAGGUUACAGGCAGGAGGAGGUUGUGAUGUUACCAUGUAUACAGGCUGAAAAAGACCUUUCAUCCUCAAGUUCUUAUGGUCCUCAAGAGGAGUCUCAGCCUGUGCAAGCCCAGGAAAAGGAAUUCGUUGUUUCUAUGGGGGCUAAUGAUAUAAACACCUUCCAGCAAGAAACGAAGGAAAGUGUCAUCCCAACUGGUAGAACAGCAAGGGGCCGACUUCAAAGACCCAGACCAAACAUAAGAAAGACUGGACAGAGGCACAUAGACAAAGGUGAAGCCAAAGGCGUAAUUGAGGAAGAAAGAACAGUAGUACAGAAAGAUGAGACUAAAAAACUCUUGACUGUGCCAAAUUUUCCAGUUGGAACUGAAGUUGAAGAUGUUUCAACUUCAAAGUUGAACCCUCCAAAGUUUCAACCCUCCAAAGUUUCUGAGGGUAGAAUGUAUGAAAACCAGAGUCCCGUGAUUCUUGUAGACCCUCUUCACAUUAACAAAAUAAAUGUUACAGAUGAAAAGAUGAGACAUGAACCUAAAAGGUAUGUUCCUAGUCCAGCACAGUUGAUAAGAAGGCAAUUCCAAAAAGUGAAGCCGAAUUUGGGAAGAGCACAUGGUAAGAAGGAGAACCCAGGUACAGAAAAAGACAGAGCUGAUCAGAGUGAGGCAAGAAAGUUGGAAGAUACUUUGCUGCAGCCAAGAGAUCAUGAUACCCAGCUUCUUCAGAAAGAAAAGGCUGAGUUUCUGACAUGUCUGGAGGUUUCAGCAAAAAAAGAUUAUGUAGAUACCAAAGAGGCUAUUUUGGCCAAAAAAGAUGCCCAUUCAGAAAUUGGACCAUCAGGAAUUGUUGGAGAAAAAACUGUACCCGAUAAUUCUAUGUCUUCAAUUGUUGAAGAGCAGUGCCUCAGUAAACUAACAAGCCCUGCACAACUGUUAAAAGAAUCAAAUUACUCUAAAAUUGCUCUCGACCGAAGGACAACUAUCCCUUCUGCUUCUGAGUGUGAGGUGGAUCAUGGUGGGAGGAAAAUGCAUCGAAAGGUGAAACCACAUGUCACCAGAGGGCGUGGAUCAAAACGAAUGCGAAGUAAGACCUCUAGGAAGGAACCUCGUGCGUCCAAGUCCACGCUGGUGACUCUUCGGGCUUCUCAGGAAGAAGAUGAGGAUGAUGCUGAAGAUUUUGAGCCUGAUUAUGAAGAAGAAAGUUACCAUCUUGCUCCAGAAGAAGUAAACAAAGCUCCAGUAUUUGUUCCCAUUGGUCUCAGAUCUCCUGAACCUGUUACUUCUCAAAUCGAGGAAACGAUGGAAGAGCUUGAAAUAACCGUGAAUGCACCCGAUAUAGGAUGCAUAGCUGUUGUUGAGCACCCACUACCCAGCACAGAUAUGACUACUCAGGAAAUGAAACAAGAAGAAAAUUUGAAGGCAUUAUCUAUUGAAAUGACCACAGGUGAACAUACACAAGAUGAAGCAGGUACCAAUGAUGGAAGCACUGAAGCUGCUAUAACUUUACUUACAAUGGGAGAUCUAGUGUUGCAGUCAGAGAUUGGUACAGAACAGAAUGAUGGAGUAUGUGUACUUCUUGAUGUUCAUUCAAAGGAUAAAAGCUGUGUUCCUUUUAGCCCAGAUAAUGUAAAUCACAAAAUUGUUCGUGAAUGUCAGGAGCUUUCUUCACCUGUCAGUAGUACAUCUCCUUCAUCAUUAGAAGAAAACAAGAUUGUAUUGGAAGAGCAAAGUACUGAAGAAGAAAUUGGUUUAGUGGAGGAAGUAAAGGAAAAUGCUAUAUCAACCAGGAAUACAACCUCUGAAGUGACCAAUAAUUUGAGAAUGAGAAGUAGAUUUGCCAAGCCGAAGCCAAAUCUUAAGACUUUAAGGACUAACAGGUUUGGUGUUCAUCAGGAAGUUCCCAAUUUGUUUGUCAACCAAGGACAAGUAGUAGAAAGUCAAAGAGAAACUGAGAAAAAUGGUUCUGAAGCAAUGGAGGAAUUACAAGAUAAAAAAUUUGGAUCACUUACAACAGCAGUGAAUAAGGAGCAGAGCAUAUUGGCAUGUGAAAAUGGUAUUGAAGAGAUGACUAUUUCUCAAGAAGCAAACCUAACUGUAAGAAAUGAUGAUCAAGAAGAGGAAUCUCAGAAGGUUCAGAUAUUUUCACUUGAUCCAACUGUUUGCUCUGAGACAGAGCCCCAUACACUUGGUUCAGAUAUGGGUCUCAGUGAGAGUCCUAUCAAAGAGCCCGAGAGAGAGGAUGCUAAUGGAGACAGUGUGCUUACACUUCAUGUGUCAGAGUGUACACCAACUAGUAUGCCAGAAGUCCAACAAGAGACUGCAGUCAGUUCUCAAGACUUAACAGUGAAUCUAGUUGCUAACGUACGUCAAGAAGGUGAGGAUGAACAAGCAUUCAUUUUAACUCUGGUGGAAAUCCCAACCAAUGCCAUAGAAGAAUUUACCAAUACCACUGCCCAGUUAAUGCCAAAUCCUUUACUGCCAGCGCCCAUAUUGAUCAAGUCCGUGAAUACAGAAGAAAGGAAUGACAUGAGUAUGAGUUUUCCAGUAACUUCAGUUGGUCAGGAUGCCAUGUGUUUAUCUGAUUCGGGAAGAGAGGAUUCUGAAAAGCCUCCUGCUAAUUUGGAUCUUAUAACUAGGAAGAGAUUUCAUUGUACGCUUGAUGAAAGUGACCAUGUUCCUCCUGCCAAAAAAAGUUCACUCACUUCAAGAGAUGAUUGUCAAAAUUAUACCUCUGAGGAGCGUUCAAAGGAAAUAAAUGUUGAGGAAACAGGGGAGUCUUACAAGGGACAAGAUACCUUCCCUACCUCAGGAAGCACACAUACAACUCCAGAACCUCAGAACGAGGAACUUGAACCAACUUUGCUGAGUGUAGAGUCUCAGUCUCUUGAUGAAAGAGCAGAUACACAUACAGAAACGAGUACACCUCAGUUACCUCAGAAUGAGAUGAUUGUCUCUGAUAAGGAAGAGGGAUCUUCGAAGCCUGAGCAAAUGGAUAGCAUCACAGCAGCUUCAAAAACCCCAUUGUCCAGACCUGGCAGAAGACCCCUGGGAUUUUUGUCUUUAAUAUGUUCCAAGAAUAGUUUGGACUCUGAUGAACCUACUCAUGUUUAUAAUAAGAAACGCCUAAAGCCUUUUAUACCUACUCUAAGACAGAAUUUGAAAAGAUCAAAUCCACUCAAUGAAAGCCAGAAAAAAACCCAAGAGUCCUCUGAUCUGCUUCCAUCUCCAAGUGUUGUUGUUAAUACUGAAUCUGAGAAUAUUGGCAGUUCACCAGCUCAGGUUUCUUCUGAUCGUCCCUUACCAAAAGAAGAAUGUAAAACUGGCCAAAAUCGGGCACCUGAAGAGGGGCCCACCACAGUCUCUGAAUAUUUUUUUAGUGAUAUCUUUAUCCAAGUGGAUGAAACAUAAUAGAAGUCCUUUUUUUUUUUUUUUUUUAUAAGUCUAGGAUUUCCACGGUCAAUUAUAUCAACUAAGCAGUAUUUAGAAAAAAGCAUCACUGGCUAUUUUUCUUUAGGUUGAUUCUGAAUAUUUAAUGAGCUUAAUUUGAAGCUGUUAUAAUCAGUGGAAAGCUUUGCCGAGGUUCCUUUCAUUCUGACUGAUUCAGCAUUUUGGAAAUACAAAGCAAUUAAGAACUGCUUCUGAGAUGGAAAUAGCUUCUCUUGUUUACAUUUUUAUUCUUCCUGUGCUGAACACACAUGGACAUUCUGGAAUGUUGUGGAUAAAUGUUUCUGUAUAAAUCACAGUGCCCAAGUAUUUGGAGGUGGAUUGUAUUUAACAUUUAGUGAACUUCUUUUGUAAAGGUUUUUUUUCUGGGAUUUUUUUUUGGUGGGGGGCGGGGAGGUGGUUUUGUUUUUUGUGUUUUGUUGGUUUUGCUGAAGGCCUUUCAGUUGCCUCUAGGUAUAUGAAAGCAUAUUGUGAAACUCCGCUUUAGUAUGGUAAAUGUUAAAAACUUCUAUUUUCAUCUAUUUGACUGGAAAAUAUGUAUUUUUCUAAUUGAUGUUGAUGUAACAUUAGUCCUAAUUGAACAAGUAAGUAGUAUUUAAACUUAUUAUUUAUAAAGACAAAACAUCAAAAAGUUUAUUUAUUUUUAAAUUUUUUAUUUAAAAGAAUAUUCAGUUUUAAUUAUUUUCACCACUCAGAUUAUGGGUAGAGAAGGCAUUGACAAAUUUAUGUUUGUCCCUUUUCCCUCUUUAAUUUUAAAGAUAUUUAAAGUUAUAUCACUAAAGGUAUUUGGAUAGUGUAUGUUUUGAAUACAUUUGUUUCUCAUAGUUUAGUAUAUUUGUACUGUGAAUUUUUGGUUUUUCUUAUUUCUUAGAUAAUCUCAGGAUUUGUAUGGGGGAAAAACCCUUAAUUUAUGAGGGAGAUUUACAUACAAAACUCAAUCCCCUUUACACACACAUACACUGACACACAUUCCUUUUUUUAAAAACUGAUUUCUUGAUAGUUUUUUUCCCCCAUUAAAUUCUGCUUUAGGAACACUUAGGCCGUUAAGCACAGAACAUAAUUGUGAUAUUAAAACAGAAAAUCAGAUAAUAAUAAAACUUCAUUAAGUCAUUGAUUAUCAUCAGUAUUAAUUUAAGGGUUGUUUUUAAUUUUGAAAUUUUGUUAUUUACAUUUGUAAUUCCAUUUUCCACCCAAAUCUUUGGUGGUUUGAAUCUAACUUCUUAAAAAAGCAGAUUUAAUAUUCUAUUUGAAAAGUCUCAGAGCAAGAGUCAGAAAUACUUUCCACAAUUGUGGGCUAGAAAGUGUCUGUGGCAAUUAUUAAACUCUGCUAUUUCAGUGUGCAAACAGCCACAGAGGAUUCUUAAGUGAUCUACAUGGCUGGAUUGGGCUUUUAGUUUGAUCCCUACAUUAGAUAGCAAUUUUCAUACUUUAAGGUGCUGACAUCUUUAUCUAUAAAAUAUUCAUCACUGAAGUUAUGAGUUGUACAUCAACAAUUAAAACUGUUGAUUGAUUGCAUUACAAAAUCAUCAGUAUUUUCAGCUGGGAAGAUAUUUUAAUGUCCAGAUAAUUGUAUAUUGAAAGAAAUUGUGGCCAAUUUUUGAGUUCACUAGUAAAAUAGGAUAUGGCUCAACAAGUGUAACAGUAAUCCUAAAAUUGCUGUUUGAGCAUUUCUUAUUCAUUGCUUUAUAGUGAAAUUUACAAUUUAACUUUGUCAUAAAGGAGGAUCUAAGAAUCUGAGUGGAAAUUCUCAAUAGGUAUGCAUUAAUUUAUUUCAUGUGAUUAAGAUGUCACAAAAAUCAUGGUAUUAAAUCACAUUGUCAUUUUAAUGCCCUGUUUUUAUAAAAUUUUUUAAAGUCUCAUAUUCUGAAAUAGUUUCUUUCAGUUAAUGUUAGUUUUGGUGUUAAGUUGCCACAGUUAAACUAUUAUUUUAUCCCUUGUGUAAUAUUUAUUUUUUAACUUUGUUAACAUCUGUCUCUUGUUCAUCUAUAAUGAAUUAAUUUUAUGGAAGAUACAGCUUCUUACUGUAUAAGAAGUAAUUUUAUCUUUGGGCAUUCAUUGUGUUAAAGAAUCAAGUCAGCCAGCUAAAUUGUCCUACUAUUAUAUCCUUAAAACUAAUCUGGGAAAAUGAGAAACGUAAUCAGUGUCUUUACCUUACAGGGUGGAAGGAAUUAGUCACGCCUGUAUUUAAUCUGAUUCAUAUAAAGAUAAUGUUGUGAAGAAGAAUUUUAUAAAUCUUAAAGGAGGUAUGAAUAAUGGUUUUUGUUUUCUUGACUUUUCCUCCUGAACACUUAUAUCUUAGCACGCAAUCAACAUGAUGGUUUAAAAGCCUAAUUGUUGGUAAAUGAAUGAGGCACAGAUAAAAUUAUGAAUAUCCACUCUUGACCAUGUUAUUUGAAAUAGAAGUGUAUAUAUAGACCAUGUAUAUACUCUCUUGCUUGAAGGAGUUUUUGACAAAAAGCAAUAUGUCAUUUGUAAAUUUUCUUGUUAUAAAGAAAGCAGUUAUGUUCUAUAGAUAUAAAUUAUGUAAAUAAAAGUUAUUUUAUACUA